AUGGCAGCCCACUUGAGCCGGUUGCAUCACAUUUCACUCCACGUUACAAACGUGGAUAAAAUAGCGUAUGAACUUGUUUCUAAAUUUAAGUUUAAUUUAUUUGUUGCGAGGCUGACGGAGAAGUCAAAACAGUUGGCUUUCAGGAAAGGAGCGGCAGUUUUCGUCGUCAAUGAAAGACCAAACCUGUCCCCUCUUCAAUUGAAUGGAGAAACGCUAUCGAGCAAGAGAGGGAAUUCUCCUUCAGAAUCGGAACCGGGAUGGACUGACAACAUUCAAACCGGGGAAAAGAACGAUAAGGAUUCGACAUGUCUCUACGAUGUCCACCCACACUAUUCCGUUGAUACCGCGUCUAACGUCUGUUUCGAAGUAGAGGAUGUGGAGAGGUCAUUCAAGUCCCUUCGCAACCUUGGCUGCGAUUUCCUGGUGCCCCCUACAGAGGUGUGUGACGAGAAGGGGCUUGUCACCUACUCUGUCGUCAAGUCAAUCAUGGGAAAUGUGAACCACACGCUCAUUGACACGAGUAAAUACAAGGGGGACUUCUUACCCGGCUUUCAGGAGGUUGAAAACGUGACGGACAAUUGCACACCAUUGGCUAAGAGUACAGACUCUUGUCCAAUCACUCACUUUGAUCACAUCACCUACGCUUGCCCAAGACGGUGCACACCUCAAGUGAUGAGGUGGUAUGAGAGGCACUUUGGCUUUCAGAGGUUCUUCAUUGACAGGAAUGAGGAUGUGGACGAGGGCUAUGUUCUGAACCAGGAGGGCAUUGGACUGCGUCUCACAGCCAUGGAGUACUGGAAAUGCAGUGAAACAGGAAUCAAGCUUCCCUUCACAGAUAAGAAAGAACCGGACUGCAAGUUUGUCAUUGCAGAGUCGCUGCCUGAACAAGGCAGGAACCAGGUGGAUACCUUCCUGGAGCAGCACAGAGGACCAGGGAUCCAGCACAUUGGCUUGUACACACAGGACAUAGUGUCCACAGCACAGACCCUGGGUCAGGCGGGAGUCCACUUCUUCUCUCCGCCGCCUGCCUACUACACGGAGGUGGGUAAGCAGCGGGAGAUGGAGGACGCAGGUUACGACCCCCAGAUGCUGUCUCAGCAUGGCAUCCUCCUGGACACAGACCUGCGCCAGGCCCAGACUGACGCCUCCUGUCAGACUACAGACACACAGAGGAAAAGAUACCUGCUCCAGGUGUUCACCAAGCCCAUCUUCUCAGAGGACACCUUCUUCCUGGAGCUAAUAGAGAGGAGAGGGGCGUCGGGGUUCGGAGAGGGGAACAUCCGAGCCCUGUGGAGGUCUGUCCAGGCAUACAUGGACACAGAGAGGGCAGAGGCCGAGGCACAAGGAGAGAACACAACUGAACCACAGAACACAACCCCAGAACCGAAGCACAGAACACAACCCCAGAACUGAAGCACAGAACACAACCCCAGAACCGAAGCACAGAACACAACCCCAGAACUGAAGCACAGAACACAACCCCAGAACCGAAG